CCAGCCAUCAUGGAGGUGGCCAAGGUGGAGAGUCCGCUCAACCCCAGCUGUAAGAUCAUGACCUUCAGACCCUGCAUGGAGGAAUUCCGGGAGUUCAACAAAUACCUCGCAUACAUGGAGUCUAAAGGAGCCCAUCGAGCGGGUCUUGCAAAGGUUAUUCCUCCUAAGGAGUGGAAGCCAAGGCAGUGCUAUGAUGACAUUGACAAUUUGCUUAUUCCAGCGCCAAUUCAGCAGAUGGUCACAGGGCAGUCAGGACUGUUCACUCAAUACAACAUCCAGAAAAAAGCCAUGACAGUGAAGGAGUUCAGGCAGCUGGCCAACAGUGGCAAGUAUUGUACUCCGAGAUACUUGGAUUAUGAAGAUUUGGAGCGCAAGUACUGGAAGAACUUAACCUUCGUGGCACCUAUCUAUGGUGCAGACAUUAAUGGGAGCAUAUAUGAUGAGGGUGUGGAUGAAUGGAACAUAGCUCACCUAAACACGGUCUUGGAUGUGGUUGAGGAAGAGUGUGGUAUUUCUAUUGAGGGUGUAAAUACUCCUUAUCUCUAUUUUGGCAUGUGGAAAACCACAUUUGCAUGGCACACCGAGGAUAUGGACCUCUACAGCAUUAAUUACCUCCACUUUGGAGAGCCCAAGUCUUGGUAUGCAAUACCCCCAGAGCAUGGAAAACGACUGGAAAGACUAGCUCAAGGUUUUUUCCCAAGCAGUUCUCAAGGGUGUGAUGCAUUUCUUCGCCACAAGAUGACACUGAUAUCUCCCUCAGUAUUGAAGAAAUAUGGUAUUCCCUUUGACAAGAUCACCCAGGAGGCUGGCGAAUUUAUGAUCACUUUCCCAUAUGGCUACCAUGCUGGUUUUAAUCAUGGUUUCAACUGUGCAGAAUCUACAAAUUUUGCUACUGUCAGAUGGAUUGACUAUGGGAAGGUUGCUAAAUUGUGCACCUGCAGGAAAGACAUGGUGAAAAUUUCAAUGGAUAUCUUUGUGAGGAAAUUUCAGCCAGACAGAUACCAGCUUUGGAAACAAGGAAAGGAUAUAUAUACCAUUGAUCACACGAAGCCUACUCCAGAAUCCACCCCUGAAGUAAAAGCAUGGCUGCAGAGGAGGAGGAAAGUAAGAAAAGCAUCCAGGAGCUUCCAGUGCACUAGUUCUCACUCUAAGAGGCCUAAGAAUGAGGAAGAUGAGGAAGUGUCAGCUGCAGUUGAUGGGGCAGAGGGCCCCACUCCUGACCCAGACCCAGAUGAGCUCAAGGACAGUGAAAAGCCAGAAGAAGCUUUGAAACUAGCAAACACAGAAGCACCUUCAGAGGAAGAGGCCUCUGCUAGCAAGAUGCAGCUGGAUCACAAUGUAUCAGAUAAUAUCAGAUUCGCAGGAAACGUCUGCCUAAGCACAUCUGUGGCAGAGAAAAUCAAAACUGAGGCUGACCAAACCUGUGCCACAAUUCCACCUUCAAAUCCCAGUGACGCUGACGAUUCCAUGUCUAGUGGCCAUGUUAUGUCUAAGGAAUCAGAGCCACCCAAGCUUCCAUGGCCAAAGUCACCUGAGUCGUGCUCCUCUGUGGCGGAGAGUAACAGUGCUUUGACAGAGGGAGAAGAGAGUGAUGUGGAGAGCCAUGGGGUAGGCCUUGAACCUGGGGAAGUCCCAGAGGUCCCCAGUGGAGAGAGAAAUGGCUUCAAAGUCCCCAGUAGAAUAGAAGGAGAAACCAAAACUGCUAAAAGUUGGCGCCAUCCACUUAGUAAGCCUCCAGCAAGAUCCCCAAUGACUCUGGUGAAGCAGCAGGCAACGAGUGAUGAAGAGUUGCCCGAAGUUCCAUCGAUUGAGGAGGAAGUGGAAGAAACCGAGUCUUGGGCAAAGCCUCUGGUCCACCUUUGGCAGACGAAGUCCCCAAACUUUGUGGCCGAGCAAGAGUAUAAUGCAGCCAUGGGCAGAAUGGAGCCGCACUGUGCCAUCUGUGCUCUGCUCAUGCCCUACUACAAGCCAGAUAGCAGCAAUGAAGAAAAUGAUUCUAGAUGGGAGACAAGAUUAGAUGAAGUGGUUACUUCAGGAGGAAAGACUAAGCCCCUCAUUCCAGAGAUGUGUUUUAUUUAUAGAGAGGAAAAUAUAGAAUAUUCUCCACCUAACGCCUUCCUGGAAGAGGAUGGAACAAGUCUUCUGAUUUCCUGUGCAAAGUGCCGCGUACGGGUUCAUGCAAGUUGUUACGGUAUCCCUUCUCAUGAGAUCUGUGAUGGAUGGCUAUGUGCCCGGUGCAAAAGAAACGCAUGGACAGCAGAGUGCUGUCUCUGCAAUUUGAGAGGGGGUGCUCUUAAGGAAACUAAGAACAAUAAGUGGGCCCAUGUCAUGUGCGCCGUUGCAGUCCCAGAAGUCCGAUUCACUAAUGUUCCAGAAAGGACACAGAUAGAUGUAGGCAGAAUACCUUUACAGAGGUUAAAAUUGAAAUGCAUGUUCUGCAGGCACCGGGUUAAGAAGGUCUCUGGAGCCUGCAUCCAGUGUUCCUAUGGCCGAUGCCCGGCCUCAUUCCACGUCACGUGUGCUCAUGCUGCUGGGGUGCUGAUGGAGCCUGACGAUUGGCCGUAUGUGGUGAACAUCACGUGCUUUCGACAUAAAGUCAACCCAAAUGUGAAGUCCAAGGCUGGCGAGAAGGGCAUCGCUGUGGGGCAGACGGUCAUCACGAAGCAUCGCAACACCCGGUACUACAGCUGCAGGGUGAUCGCUGUGACGGCGCAGACCUUCUAUGAGGUCGUGUUUGAUGACGGCUCCUUCAGCAGAGACACAUUCCCCGAGGAUAUCGUGAGCCGAGACUGUGUGAGGCUAGGCCCUCCUGCCGAGGGAGAAGUCGUUCAAGUCAAGUGGCCUGAUGGCAAACUCUACGGGGCAAAAUAUCUCGGAUCAAAUGUUGCCCACAUGUACCAGGUUGAAUUUGAAGAUGGAUCCCAGAUAGCAAUGAAGAGAGAGGACAUCUACACUUUAGAUGAAGAGUUACCCAAGAGAGUGAAAGCUCGUUUUUCCACAGCCUCUGAUAUGCGAUUUGAAGACACAUUUUAUGGAACGGACAUAAUCCAAGGGGAGAAAAAGAGACAGAGAGUGCUGAGCUCCAGGUUUAAGAACGAAUAUGUGGAUGACCCCGUCUACCGCACGUUUUUGAAGAGCUCUUUCCAGAAGAAGUGUCAGAAGAGGCAAUAGUCUACCUACACUGCUGCAGGCAACAGA